GCGUUGCUGAUUGGCUGGUUUGAACGAUGCUGCGCGGGCUGCUCCGGCGCGUGGCUCCAACCGUCACCUUGAGGGUGGAGGCCCCCUCCCCCCGUGUCCUCUCCCCGGGGACCCCCCUCUCGUCCCGGGCCCUCAGGCCUCCCUCCUGGGCCGCAGCCUGUCCGCUCCUCCCCGCAGGCCGCCGCGCUUUCUGCAGCGGGCCAAGCGGCUGCUGGCGGUGUGGGGCGGAGCGGGCCUCCGGGGCGGAAGAGGCGGUGGCGGCCUUUUUCUGCCCGUCCUGUCGCGCCUUGCAGCCCCCGGACCGGCGCCGCGACUACUUCCAGCUGCUGGGCCUCCAGCGCCGCUACCGCCUGGACGCCGAGCAGCUGCGGCGGAGCGUGCGGCGCCUCCAGCGGGAGCUGCACCCGGACAACUUCAGCCGCGGCUCCGAGGACGAGCGCCGCUUCUCGGAGGAGCAGUCGGCGUUGGUGAACGAGGCGUACGGGACGCUGCUGAGGCCUCUGUCCCGGGGCGUGUACCUCCUGCGGCUGGAGUUACCGGGGGAAGCCGGCCUCGGGGAGGAACCGGAGAGCGGGCAGGCCGACAGCGGGGAGGAUCCCACCUUCCUGGCCGCCGUCCUGCGCCUCAACGAGCGGCUGGAGGAGGCCCGGGGCCCGGAGGAGAUCGGGCAGGUGUCCGAGGAGGUGGAGGCCCGGCUGCGGGAGCUGGACGCGGAGGUGGCCCGGGCCUUCGAGGGGGGACGCCCGCGGGAUGCUCUGCCGCUGCUGAAGCAGAUGCGAUACUGGAGCAGCCUCGGGGAUCGGAUAAAGGAGCGUUUGCUGCCCCGCUGA